AUGUUCCGGGCACUGGUCACAGCCGGCGCAGCCCUGAAGCCCCGCACAACAGGCUGGGUGCGGGCCAUGGCCUCCUACCAGCUGCUGGUGCCGCCCCCAGAGGCCCUUCAGAAGCCCCUCUCUGUCCCCAACCGGCUCUUGUUGGGGCCUGGCCCCUCUAAUCUGCCUCCGCGGGUCCUGGCUGCCGGGGGCCUGCAAAUGAUCGGCCACAUGCACAAGGAGAUGUACCAGAUCAUGGACGAGAUCAAGCAGGGCAUUCAGUACUUGUUCCAGACCAAGAAUCGGCUCACAUUGGCCAUUAGUGGCUCAGGACACUGCGCCCUGGAGGCAGCCUUGUUCAACGUGCUGGAACCGGGGGACUCCUUCCUGGUAGGGGCCAAUGGUAUCUGGGGGCUCCGGGCUGCAGACAUUGGAGAACGCAUCGGAGCCCGUGUGCACCCCAUGGUCAAGGAACCCGGAGGCCACUACACACUGCAGGAGGUGGAGGAGGGCCUGGCCCAGCACAAGCCGGUGCUGCUGUUCCUGACCCAGGGAGAGUCAUCCACUGGUGUGCUACAGCCCCUCGAUGGCUACGGGGAGCUCUGCCACCGGUACAAGUGCCUGCUUCUAGUGGACUCUGUGGCCUCCCUGGGUGGGACCCCCAUCUACAUGGACCAGCAAGGGAUCGACAUCCUGUACUCAGGCUCCCAGAAGGUUCUGAAUGCACCCCCAGGGACCUCACUCAUCUCCUUCAGCGACCAGGCCCGAAAUAAGAUCGACGCCCGGAAGACGAAGCCCUGCUCUUUCUACCUGGACAUGAAGUGGCUGGCCAACAUUUGGGGCUGCGAAGACCAGCCCAGGAUGUACCAUCACACCACCCCGGUCAUCAGUCUGUACAGCCUGCGGGAGAGCUUGGCCGUCCUGGCGCAGCAGGGCCUGGAGAAUAGCUGGCGACAGCACCGGGAGGUCACCGCCUACCUGCAUGGGUGCCUGCAGGGCCUCGGCCUACAGCUCUUCGUCAAGGACCCGGCGCUCCGGUUGCCCACAGUCACCACAGUGGCUGUGCCCGCCGGCUACGACUGGAGGGACAUUGUCAGCUAUGUCAUGAACCACUUUGACAUCGAGAUCACUGGUGGCCUCGGGCCCUCGGUGGGGAAGGUGCUCCGUAUUGGCCUGCUAGGCUGCAACGCCACCCGGGAGAAUGUGGACCGUGUGGUCGAGGCCCUGAAGGAGGCCCUGCAGCGUUGCCCACGGAAUAAGCUGUGA